GAAGAGAGGCGCCAGGUAAUGAUAAGUGCUUUGUUUUAGUCCAUUUUCCUACUAAAUCCUUCGACUAAGAGUGACUACAGUUUCGAUCAAUCUAGCAACGGUGACCUAAUUUGGGGUUUCCUUGAUUUUCAUCGUUUGUGCCCUUUAUUGAAGGAAGAACAAUGGCUAGCAAAAUUGAAGGUGAUCAUCACAGGGAACCAAUAAAUGAACAAGCAGUUGCAAAUAUGUAUGCAGCUAUGAGGUCUGAACUCAACCAAAUUUACUCAAAAAUCACUGAACUGGAAAUGGAAGUUAGUGAGCACUCAUUGGUUGUUAAUGCCAUUCAACCACUUGACCCAUCUAGACGAUGCUAUCGCAUGAUUGGAGGGGUGCUGGUUGAGAGAACCAUCAAGGAGGUCUUGCCUGCUGUGCUGCGCAAUAAAGAGGGACUUGAAGAGGUUGUUGCCAGGCUUAACGAGGCAUUGGAAAAGAAGAAAAAGGAAAUUGUUGAGUUUGAGGCUAAAUAUAAAAUCAGGAUAAGGAAGGCUGAUGCUGAGGUAAAAGAUGAAUCUGGUAGGAAGGAAGGUUCUGCUCAAGGAGUUCUUGUGGGCCCUGCAAGUGGAAAUGAGUGAUAGGUUUAACUGUAUUCCAUUUUCUUAAAAUGUUAAGUUAAAAUCUUCUUCACUCCUCUGCUUUUUUCUGAGUUCAAACAAUCUGAUGUUUUGUUUUUAGUGAUUAGUUUUAAAGACAUGACAUGAUCUUAUGUCCAAUUGCUUUGGGAUGAACAACUGUUUGUGCUUUUAUAUUUGAGCAAACAUUUGUAAGAAACUAAUCUUCACACAGGCAAGAGCUCAUGUAGAAUCUGUAUGCAAGUCUAGAGCAUAUAAUUACAUGACCUAGUAAUUUUCU